AUGGCUACACCCCUCCCCCUGGCCUUUGAGGAUCUACCCCUUGUUGUUGUUGUUGUUGUUGUUGUUGUUGUUGUUGUUGCUGUUGAGUUGCCUGCCGAAGCUCGCUCGUCAACCAACCAGCCAACCAACGCCCAGAAGGCCUUCACGCCCUCAAAGUCCAUCACCGUGUCCCGCUUAUGUACUACUGUGUACUGCGCCCAGCAGAACAGCAACUGCGAGCCCACGAAAGGAAAUGAGCGCUACGCCAAAAAAAGUCUAGCCCUUGACUCUGAGCCCAUCCUCUGAGCCCUCCUUCUGAACCUCGAGUCCUUUCUUGGCAACACUCGUGAAGUCUGUGAACCAAUCAGACCGGCAAAUCUGAAGUUACUGCUCACUUUGGUGCAUCUCGUCUUGGGACUUCUUCCUUUUCAGCUUUGCUUAUUGCGGAUUCUCAAAGCGGGUUUACAGGGAAAGGAACGUAUCCUUAACAAAUUAAUGGUGAGAGUUGUAACAUGCGUUGAC